AUGGGUUUGAAUAAUAUGUUUGGUCCAAUUCUUGGAUUGAUCGGAGGCUCAUCAAAACGAUGGAGAAAAGCUUCUACAUGCGAAAGAUUAAUCAAGAAACUCAAGAUUCGUCUGGCAAAUCAAAAGAGCAGAAAAAUUGUCAUCAUAAGGCAAUCGCGUGCUGAUAUUGCUCAACUCCUCCAGAUCAGCCGCCAGCAAUAUCAUGCUGCUUUAGCAAGGGUUGAGCAAUUGUACAAAGAUGAGUGCAAGUUAUCUGCAUAUGAGCAGCUGGACGGCUUCUGUGACUGCGUUCACGAAAACCUUUGUUACAUUAGCCGGCACAGCAGCAAGCUGUCGGUUGAGGUCCUUGAAGCGCUGUCGAGUUUGAUAUUUGGUGCCUCAAGAUGUGGAGAACUGCCUGAGCUGCAUUCCUUAAGAAACUUGUUCAGACAGCAUUUUGGUCAGAAGUUUGAGAGAAUGAACGUCGAAAUGCUACCUGGAAAUGCUGUGAACUCUCGAUUAGCUCACAGUCUCAACACAGCGUUUGUAACACAAGAUGUUAAACUGCAAUUACUUCAAGAAAUACGCAGCGAAUUCACAAUUCAUUCAGUUUCCCUGCACCAGGAACAAACUAAUUUCAUCCCAGAAAUCAAGAAGGUGUGA